AUGUCACAGUCAUCACAAUCAUCACAAUCAACAGCACCAACAACAGUUACAACAGCAAAUGAAUUGGUGUUGGAAAAGAGUUCGAAUAGCGCAGCCUCUGGACUUCAAAUAGAUCUUCAUCCAUUGGUUAUCAUCAAUAUAAGUGAUCACUUUACACGUUCCAAAGUCGAACAAACCAACACAGAUCAUGCCACACGUGUCAUUGGUGUACUCACCGGUCAACAAAACGGUAGAAACAUCGAAAUAUUCAAUUCCUUCGAAUUGGUACUCACCGCUACCAAACUAUUGGAUCUAGAGUAUUUAAGAAAGAAACAUGAACAAUUUAAAAAGGUAUUCCCAACUUAUGAGAUUUUGGGAUGGUAUGCAACCGGAUCAAAGGUUACCCAAGAGGAUCUUGCCAUUCACAAGCAAAUCAUGGAGUUGAAUGAGUCACCAAUCUUCUUGAUGUUGGACACCACCGCUGCCACUCUCAAUGCCAAGGAUCUACCGAUUGCCGUAUACGAAUCGGAAGUACACAUCGUUAACGAACAACCUGCCAUCCUCUUUGUAAAGACAACCUAUAAGAUCCAAACUGGUGAAGCUGAACGUAUCGGUGUUAAUCAUAUUGCUAAAGUAACUCCAUCAGGUGCUGAAGGUUCAUCACUUACAACACAUUUAUUCACAAUGCAAAAUGCUUUCUCUAUGAUGAAUAUUCGUGUCAAGAUUUUGCGUAAGUAUCUCCAGGGUGUAAAGGAUAAGACUAUUCCAUACGAUCACGGUAUCAUGAGACAAGUUGCUAGUCUUUGUAAUACUCUUCCAACUAUCAACAACGAAGAUUUCAAUAGAUCAUUUUUACAAGAAUUCAAUGAUGUAUUACUUGUUACAUAUUUGGCUGGUAUUACCAAGAGUUCAUCUAUCUUGAAUGAAUCAAUCGAUAAAUACCUCGUUUCACAUGAGAAACAAGGAAAGAGAAGAUUAUUUAUGUAA